AUGUAUAUUGUACGGGCACUAAUUGUGGCCAUUCGGCUUUAUACAGGGAAGCAAGUUGAUGUAAUUGGUUAUUCAUUGGGAGUGCCUGUCUCAAGAAAGGCUAUUUUAGGAGGUAGAUGUGUUGAUACUGGAGAGGAUUUGGGAGCACCCCUCACAAAAUUUGUCGAUACCUAUGUCGGUGUUGCCGGCCCCAAUCAUGGAAUAUCUCUCCAACUUGGCUCAUUCUCCCUUCCCGGAUGUGCCUUAGCUCUAUUGCCUAUAUGUAAUGGUCAAACUGGACUUUAUUCUUCCGGUUUUUGUCCAUCUACUGAAAGUGCUUUUCUUCAGGAUAUAAAUAGACAACAAGGAUAUGAAGGGAAAUAUCGGUAA